AUGCCGUAUAAAUACGACAUUAAAAGCACCGUACCAUACCAUAUGAACAACAGUAUUAAUGGCAUCCGAUCUCUUAUCUACAGUGGUGAUCAUGAUAUGGUGGUGCCUUUCAUUGCAACUCAAGCCUGGAUAAGAUCUCUCAAUUACUCCAUCAUUGAUGAUUGGAGGCCUUGGAUGAUCAACGAUCAAAUCGCUGGAUACACGAGAACUUACGCCAAUAAGAUGACAUUUGCUACUGUCAAAGGAGGUGGACACACGGCGGAGUAUAAACCAAGUGAGACAUUUAUCAUGUUCCAAAGGUGGAUCAGUGACCAGCCUUUGUAA